UCUCUCUCUUGUCCCUGUGAUGGUCUCCGUCUCCUCACACAUGGCAUGUGCAUGCAGAUGCAGAAAGAAAUUGCCAUCCAAAAACAACAACAGCCAAUAACUCCCUGCCACCUUCCAAUCUCCGACUCCAUGAUCCCAUGACCCCCUCCGUCACUCAUCACCGCCGGAGCCCCCGUGGCAUCCGCACCCACCUGAGGCGACGCCAAAAUGCAGCCACGCCGCCGCUCGCCGGCGCCACGGCAAGGGCGCUCGCCGCCGGGCUCUGGAGGCUGCGCCACGCGGAGCGGCACGCGGUCAACCCCGGCCCUCUGCGGCACGACGCUCAUUCUCCCGUGACCCGUAGCUCCCGACACCGAAGGAAAGCGAAACUCUGCAAUGGCAACAAAACCCGGUGUGGUUUGGGCGUCGGAAUCCCAUGCAGAAAUCAUAGCAUCUUAGACAAGAUCGAUGCCUGCGUCGUGGACUUGCCAUAUGGUUGUUGGAUGGAGAAGGCAACCAAAUGGGACCAGCAACAUGCCUGUCUGCACAACAUGCUGGCUUCACAUGAUCCUUGCCAGCUACCACAUGUUCAUCACUCUCGUGCAAUGCCGGCUCACGGCCAUGCUACGGCGGUGGCGGUGGCCCUGGAGGCCGAGCUUGACAAGGCCCGUGCUCGGAUCAGCGAGCUCGAGGACGAGAAGUGUGCGAUGAGGAAGAAGGUGGAGCGGUUCCUGAGGAAGCUCACGGAGGAGAAGGCGUCGUGGAAGAGCAGGAUGCGUGACAAGGCUCAGCACGUGAUCGCCGCGUCAAAAGAAGACGUCAAGACGGAGAGGCGUCACCGGCGGCAGGUGGAGGCGGCCAACGGCAAGCUGGUGAAGGAGCUGGCGGAGGCCAAGGCGUCGGCGAAGCAGGCGGCGCAGAGCUACGAGAUGGAGCGCAAGGCGCGGGAGAUGAUGGAGGACGCGUGCGAGGAGCUGACCAAGGAGGUGGAGGAGGACCAGGCGGAGGUAGAGCUCCUGCGGCGCGAGUGCAUGGGCAUGCGGGAGGAGAUGGAGGAGGAGCGCCGGAUGCUGCAGAUGGCGGAGGUGUGGCGCGAGGAGAGGGUCCAGAUGAAGCUCUCCGACGCCAAGCUCGCGCUGGAGCAGAAAUACUCGCAGCUCAACCGGCUGCAGGCCGAGAUGGAGUCCUUCCUGCGGAAAGACGGCAAGAGCAUCGACGCCAACAACUCCACGUUGCGGGAGGCACGGAUGAUCAGCGAGGCGGCGAGCUCCGUUCGGCUCCGCGGCGUCAGGGAGCUGAGCCAUCGGAAUCCUCAUGCCCCCGAGGACGUGGACCGGGUGUUCCAGCACUUUUGCCGGAAACAAGAGACGCCAAGCGGCGGCAGCCCGGCGUCCAACGUUCACUCCGUCAGCCCGGCGACGGACAUCUUCUUGGAAAAGCUCGAUGGCUCCGCCGACCUGGAGAACGGCAGUGGCAGUAGCUGGGUCGACACUCCCGACCGUGAGCGGCGGCGUGAUUCUUGUGCUUCAGCUGGUACGAGCGAUCGUUCGGUGGCGCGAGCGAGCAACACGUCCUUGUUGUCCAAUGGCAAAGGAGGCUGGGUUGGCAGCGGGCUCACCGAUCAGGUUCACCAUCCAACUCCAAGCAGGAGCGCCACGGGCAAGAACACGGCGUUGAUACGGAGGCUCUGGAGGUCGGCGAUCAGCGAGAGCAGGAAGAAAACAGGUGUAUCUGCAGGGACGACGACAUCGGAACAGAGGUCAGCCGUGAUCACUCCGACAUUGCCGGUUGGGGAGCAGUGCAGCUCGUCCUACUCGGUGAAACCGCAUCAGCAGCGGCAGAGAAGCCACGAAUCCAAAGGGUUGGCGCGAGGGCCGCACAAGGAAAAGCAGAAGCAAAGCCUGCAGGAGAAGCUUCUGGAGGCUAGGAUGGAUGAUCACAAGCCCUCACCCAGCUCUGCAGCCAAGCACAAGAUAUAGCUAGCGCCAUGCAAACUGAGAACUCGAUUCGACACCAGAUCAUUACAGAGAUAUGUAUACAUGGCUGUGGCUCUGCAACCUCACCCGGCACCAUAUAUGUAUAGGAUAGGAUAAGCGCAUUUGCACAUGUUAAUACAAAUACCUGUAUAUACGUACGCAAAAUCCAUCUUCUUCGCUUCGCUUAUGCAUUUCAGUCUUCUCUGGUCCUA